GAGGCUGGCCACAGUCCGCGAGGAAAAAAGUCGUGCAUAUUUCACAGAACGGCGGCGUAGCAAAAUUGUCAACGUUUCCUCGUGUGGUGGUGAUAUGCGAUAAAUUCACGACUUCAAUCCUUUCAAAAACAGGCUUCGUCAGGAGAAGAGCCGCAAUCCAUAAACAUGGUUCGAGUCAGUGUGUUAAAUGAUUGCCUUAACUGCAUGGUAAAUGCAGAAAGAAGAGGACAACGGCAAGUUCUGAUCAGACCUGGAUCAAAAGUCAUUAUUAAAUUUCUUACCGUCAUGAUGAAACAUGGUUACAUUGGUGAGUUUGAAGUUAUUGAUGACCAUAGAGCUGGCAAAAUUGUUGUAAAUCUUAACGGCAGAAUUAACAAGUGUGGCGUUAUUUCUCCACGUUUCGAUGUCAAAUUAAAGGAUAUUGAGAAGUGGUCUAGUUAUCUUCUUCCAUCUCGACAAUUUGGAUAUAUUGUGAUGACCACUUCAGCAGGAAUCAUGGACCAUGAAGAAGCAAGACGAAAAAAUACAGGAGGAAAAAUUCUUGGAUAUUUUUAUUAAAAUAUAAGCCUCUUUGAA